AAAGUGAAAAGAAGAAAAAUGGCUGCUUUGUGUGUUUGUCAAUUUGAGUGGUAGAAAAAAUAAGUAAUACUCAUCGCAGAUUUUAUCAAGUUCAUACAACAAUUAUAAAAACAUUUAUAUUAGCACAAAUCGUACGCUAACUACUUUAGUGUUAUAUAGUAGAUAUGAAAUAAACGUUUGCACAUUUAGCGGAACACUGGGGACAAUUGUAAAAUGGAAGGCGCUGACUUGUCUCACGAAGAAGAACGACUAGUUUCUGCUGCCCACCAGCAAACGAAUGAAAAUGUAGCCUACACGACGACAGCACAAAGCAAUGCUACUGGCAUCCUAAAUUCUCCGACAAAUAGUCCAAACACUGCUGCUUCUAAUCAAAAGCUCGCCGACGAUGGUUAUCAGCUGCAGCAACAACAACAACAACAGCAGAUACAACAGUCAACAAACGAUAACGUUAACACACAGCAGAGCGCAAGCGGAGUUGGGUGUGCCGGCAAUAGUAAUACACCAGCACAACAACAACAGCAACAACAACGUAAUUCUACAAAUUCAACGAACGAAUACACAUCAACACCGAAAUCGUCACGUGCAAGUGGUGGUGGAGGUGUUGGCGGCGGUGGCGCGAAUUCGCCAAUAAACCUCGCCGGCAAUCAGCCGAACAAUGAUGAGAACACAACAUCGGCACAACCGCACUUCAAUAUCGAUUGUAGUGUCAUAAAUGAGUCACAGCAUAUUGCCGUUGGAGCAGAUGUUGUCUAUGUAGAUACAACAAAUAAUAGUGUUAUCAACAGCAUUAGCAACAACAACAACAACAACAGUAGUAAUAUAACAAAUAACAGUGUUAAUAAUACGAACAAUCAUAAUAAUAGCGGGAAUAAUAGUGGGAAUGAUAGCAGCGCCGUUGGACGCACACCACAAACAGGCGCCAUUAUCACUUCGACACCGUCGGUGGCAGUAACGGCAACCACUACAACAGCGGCGAAUACAACACUCGCCAGCGCAGUACCAAUUGUCAUACCACCGCGACAAGCGCUCCUACCGUGGGGCACGCAUUCGCGCACCUCCAUUAUCAACGUAAUCUCCUACACGCAAGCACUCGAUAUGCCGUUAACAACACAAGGUGGUGGCGCGUCGGGCGCACAAGUCACCGGCAGUGGCAAUGACGCAACCGCGGCGCUGCGUCCCGGUGAAAUUGUUAUGCGCAAUUUAUUCAGCGAUUUCACCGUGCAGGCGGAGAAAAAGAUUGAGCUGGUGAUGCUCGAGAGCGCCGACAAGCAUUUGUCGAAGCUGCUGCAACGCGGUGAAGAUCAACAAUUCGAUCAGCUGUUGUCGGCGCUCGGCUCAGUGGCCGAACAUUGUCUGCCAUCGCUGUUGCACACACUGCUGGCGUGGCAUCGUCGCCAGCUGUCCGAUGGUGAAAUUAAAAAUGAUCUCAAACGUUUGGAGAAGAACACCACACCGAAACCCACCACCGAUAUGGAAUUCCAGCUGCAACGCCGCGAGGCCGCAGUGGAAUUCAUCUUUUGUUUGGCGCUUAUUGAAAUACUCAAACAGUUGCCCUUUCAUCCGGGUCAUGAGGAUCUCAUACGGAAUAUUGAGAAUUUAGCUUUCAAGCAUUUCAAGCACAAGGAGGGCCAACAGAACAAUCCGAAUGCGCACAAUAUACACAUGAUUGCCGAUUUGUAUGCGGAGGUUAUCGGCGUUUUGGCGCAGAGUCGUUUCUCGUCGGUGCGUAAACGUUUCAUGAGCGAGUUGAAGGAGUUGCGCGCCAAAGAGGCGUCCAACACGACGACGCAGUGCAUCAUAAGCCUGCUGAUGGGUAUGAAAUUCUUUCGCGUUAAGAUGGUGCCAAUUGAGGAGUUCGAGGCUUCCUUUCAAUUUAUGCACGAAUGUGGUCAGUAUUUUCUCGAAGUUAAAGAUAAGGACAUCAAGCAUGCGCUGGCGGGUCUAUUUGUUGAGAUUCUAGUACCAGUAGCUGCGGCUGUGAAAAAUGAGGUAAAUGUUCCUUGUGUGAAAAAUUUCGUUGAGCUGCUCUAUGUACAAACACUGGACGCUUCAACAAAAUCCAAGCACCGCUUAGCUUUAUUUCCGUUAGUCACUUGCCUGUUAUGUGUGUCGCAAAAGGCAUUCUUUCUCUCCAACUGGCAUUACUUCUUGGCCAUGUGUCUGAGUAAUUUGAAAAACCGCGAUGCCAAAAUGAGCCGUGUAGCGUUAGAGUCACUCUAUCGUCUGCUAUGGGUCUACAUGAUACGCAUCAAAUGCGAGUCGAACUCGGCGACACACUCACGACUGCAAAGUAUUGUGAACUCGCUGUUCCCAAAGGGUUCCAAAGGUGUUGUGCCACGUGAUACACCAUUGAAUAUUUUCGUGAAAAUCAUACAAUUCAUAGCGCAAGAGCGUUUGGAUUUCGCCAUGCGUGAGAUUGUCUACGAUUUACUCUGUGUGGGACGCUCAAUUAAGUUAAUUUUGAAUCCGGAGCGCAUGAGCAUCGGUCUGCGUGCCUUCCUCGUCGUCGCCGAUUCGUUGCAGCAAAAGGACGGCGAACCGCCGAUGCCACGCACCGUGCCCGUCUUGCCCUCCGGCAAUACCUUGCGUGUGAAGAAGACCUACAUUAAUAAAAUGCUCACCGAUGACACAGCACGCAGUAUUGGCAUGUCGACAUACUUCCCGCACGUGCGUCGCGUCUUCGUCGACAUACUACGCGCACUGGACGUGCAUUACGGUCGUCCACUGAUGAUGACGAAUACACAAAAUCAAAAUAAAGAACCUGACGAAAUGCUUUCGGGCGAACGCAAACCACGCAUUGAUCUCUUUCGUACUUGUGUGGCUGCUGUGCCGCGUCUCAUACCCGAAACGAUGACCGCACAAGAGUUGGUGGAUCUGCUCUCACGUCUCACCGUACACAUGGACGAGGAGUUGCGCAUCUUGACACAUCAGUCGCUGCAAACGUUGGUAAUUGACUUUCCGGAUUGGCGUCAGGAUGUCGUGCACGGUUACACACAGUUUCUGGUGCGCGAUGUCACCGACACUUAUCCGCAAUUGCUGGAGAAUUGCACGCGCAUGCUGUUCGUAUUCCUCAAUAUAUGGCGUUGUGCCAUCAAUGUGAAUGGCAAUGGCAAUUCGAAUACGAAUGCGUUGAAAACCACAAUGACCGCGGCGGGUGUGGCUACCGGUGCUCAAACGGGUGUUGUUGGUGGCGCCGGUGUUGUUGGUGUAACAGUGGCUGGCGGUUUAGCGGGUAAAGACACCGCCACCAGUCAGCUAUCGAGCGCGAGUAAUGUGAAGAGCGUAAAUACGAAUUCAAGUGGCGCCUCAAGCAUUACAUCCAGCGGCAUGUCGAGCAUAACACAGACGACUGUUAUCAAUAUCGGCGAUGCGGCGAAGAAGAAUGAGAUACCGCUGGUGACAACGCUACACUUUGUGGAGGGUUUCGCUUUGGUGUUGCUCUGUAAUUAUCGUCCAUUCUUGCGCAAGCUGGCGGCGAUGAUACUGAAAGAAGUGAAAAAUCUCAUGAAAGCGCUUGGCAUACCCGAGACGGAGCCACCGGUCAUUGAUGUGAUCGACAAAUCGUGUGCACAGGUCUUAGAGAAAUGCUUGCCACACUUGCCACCUUCGGAGAAGACUGCUAUACUCAAUGCUAAUGCCAUAGACUUGCAGUGGAUUGCCGAACGCACGAGCGGUGUAUGGAUGGCUGGUCUCAGUGAUGUCUCGCUAGACACCUCCAAGUCAUCCACAUCGACGCUGAAUUUGUCGCAGAGUAGCACAAUACAUCAGCAACAAUCAUUUGAUCCCUGGUCUAUGGUGUUGUUUGGUUUCCUGGAACGCAAUCGCAUACUACAACAGUGUCCUUCGGCUGUCGCGCAGGCUUGGCCCAUAUGUUACUCACGCGUCACUACGCUCUACAGCGUCAUCGACCCAACUCCCGUUAGUGAUAAUCGCGCUUCCUUGCUGCGCAGCUCGGCGCCCACCAAGAAAAUGCCCACCGAAAGUCAAAAGGAUCUAUAUUUGAAAUUGUGGCGCAAUCAAGUGGGUUGCGCUAUGCGUCUGGUGCCGCAAAUACCGAGCGUUGCCGUGCGUUGUGCCUCGCCCGAUUUGAGUUUGAGUCUACAAGAUCAAUCGGACUCACGGUCACUAUCCGAUUCUUUGGAUAAUAUACCAUCGAAUGUGUUUGGACCCGAGGGGAUUGUGACACGCUUUACGCUGCCGCUCUCAUAUGGCCGUAAGGAGGCACGACAGAAACGACUUGGCUCAUCGCCCGAUUCUCUGAAUGCUGAUCGCAGUGAUAAAUCCGUUAUGGGUUCGGCAUCGCCGCAAGCACUCUAUAAGCUGGUGGUGCCACUGCUGCGCUGUGAGGUGGUGGAAGUGCGUGAUGCGGCCGUAAAUGCACUUGGCAUGAUUAAUCAUGAAGCCCUGAAGGAUUUGAUGGAGGAGCUUGUGGUGUAUAUACGCGAAGCUGUCGACCGCAAGCAGGAGAACAUGCGCCGUCGGCGUCGUCGCGAUGCUUUACGCUUACAGCUUGUACGUGUUUUGGAGAAAAUUGCGGAAAAUGGCACAUUUGGUGUUAGCCCAUGUGUAUUGGAUCGCGACACAAUGUCUCUACAUCCAACUUUUGUCGAAUAUAUUGAAGGUGCUAUACAAUAUCUCUUAGCCGAAACGGACAAGGACAACACCAGCAUACGCGAAGUAAAAGCGCACUUCUGCAACUUCAUACGGAAAAUGAUUAAGAAUUUCUCACUGGAAUCUUGUGGCACACUCUUGACACAAGACCUAAAACGCAGUCUCUUCAAUUUGUUCGCCAAUUGGUGUGGUCCAUUUGCCAAGCCAUUGGGAUUCACGUCGCAGAUUGGACAAACGCCAGAGGAGGAGAAGCUGCAGUUUAGUGCACUGCAGGCACUAUCCGCUCUGAUCUGCUGCGGUCACAUAUUCUAUGCACCAUAUCUAUCCGAUUACGGUAUUUUAUAUGUAUGGCUGGAUAUGUUGCUGACAUCCAAAGAUGAAAAGAUUUAUCUAUUAGCUCGUGAUACUGUUGUUUUGCUGCUCGAGUCGAAUCCGGACAGUAGUGUGCUGCUCGAAUGGGUAAUUGAUCGUUGCUAUAGGUCGAAUGCGCGUGUCGCAGAUGCCUGUUUCCUCGCUUUGGCUGCUAUUUUUAGUGCAAGAGAAUACCCUUGUGAUCACUACACUUCGGUUAUAACGGUCACACUGCUAAUGACCGGUUGUCCACGUGUUGAAGUGCAUUCCACCGCUCUGCAAUUGCUACAAAUAUUGGAUAAACGUUUCUUCGGCAGCGUUGCCUCGCUACACAGCGACAAUGAGAAAGAAGAUGACAAACAAGUCGGCACUUUGGACACUUUACUCAGCAGCGCCUACUGUCGCUCGCAGCGUUUCCUAUCCAAACAAUUGGCCCAGCUGCGCCCAGAAUUGACUAUGUCAAUGUUCUCCGAAAUAACCCAUCGCUUUCAGACGGCGCGUGAAGAUGUGCGCGCCCUGCUGAUACAAUGCCUGUUGCCAUGGCUGCAUAAUAUGGAGCUGGUUGCCACAAGUGUGCCGCCAGCCACACCGUUAUCAUACAUUAUGUAUUUUCCCGAUUCUGGUACGCGUGGACGUAGAGAGGGUACUGGAUCGACUGAAGCCACCGAGAUGAUCUUAAAUAAUCUUUUUUAUAUCACCGCCAAGUUUUCUGAUUCACAUCCCCGUGACAUCGAGGAACUGUGGGGCACACUCUGCCAAUUCUGGCCAAACAAUCUCAAGGUCAUACUACGCUACUUGGUCAUAAUGAGCGGCAUGGCGCCCAACGAGCUGCUACCAUACGCGAAACGCGUUGCAUUGUAUCUCGCCCGCACCUGUCCCGACCGUCUGCUCGACGAACUCAUGGUGGAACUGCAAACUGUGGAGACGCUUAAUUGUUUAAUCGAACGCACCGAGACACCGCCAUUUUAUCGCUUAACAAGCAUGCGGAAAGCUUCCAGUCACUCAGCUGACGGUCAAGCAGUUGGGGGUAUCAACGACUCCCGCAUACAGGAUUUAAUUGUGGAGAAAGGUACAAUUCAUACAAAACGUCACAGUGGCGAAGAUCCCAUCAAAACAGGAACCUGUAAAUCUGAUAGCGGCAUACGCGCCUUCACGCAAACCGCAAACAAUCGACCGCCGCGUGGUGCGGAUAAAAUACGUGCAGCCUCCGGGCCAUCGAUACUGCCGCGACCCGAAGACAUACUAAUUAAUGAUGCUGAGCUGCGUCAGGAGGAGAACGUUGAGUUGCGCUCAGCAGACGCGCCGCUGGCGCCGCAUCCACUGCCCAUGCCCGAGUAUGGCGGCUACUUCGCACCACUCACUGAAUUCCUACCAGACGUCAGUCUGCCAAUCAGCGGUUUCCAUCGCUGUAACGUCGCCGUGAUGCUGUUAACGGACGUUGUUGUCGACGGCAUACCGGGCAUUGAUUGGACUUUGCAUUUACCGUUGAUGUUGCACAUUUUAUUUUUGGGACUCGAUCAUACGCGCGUAAUUGUGCGCGAACACUGCAAGCAGCUUUGCAUUAAUUUACUGAUCGUUUUGGCCGAGCAUAAUGACCAUCUGACCGUCGCUCGUAUUCUUUUGAAUAGCGAAACAACAAAACUGGACUUGGGGCUGACGGUGCCGUCAUUGCCCGUCAUUGACAAUGUAUUUACAGAAUCUCAUCAAGAAUUCGACAGUUAUUUGUACAACGUGAACCCGUGCAGUUUGCCGCUCUCCAACUCGAGUGUCAUACAUGGCAUGAGUCACACUGUUGCCGCUACGCUAACGGCUGCCAACCUGCAAAAUGUGCAUGCAACAUUUUACAACAACAUGGCACAGCAGCAACAACAACAACAACAAAUCGUGCAAUUACACACCAACUUACAACAACCGCCACCGUUAAAUGCGACAGUGCAAACGCAAUUGCCACAACAGCAGCAGCAGCAACAACAACAGCAGUUGCAAGUUAUUGCCCAACAGCAACAACAACAAAAUCAACCGGCAAAUCAAGCGACCACGCAACAACAUCAAGUUGUCUUGAAUGUUGGCAACAUACAAAUAAAUCCGAACACUUCCGAGAACUCCGAAGUGCCGCUGAUAAUAACCGAUGAGAAUGCGCCACCACAACCCGGACCCACCAUGCUAAUCUCGCAUGUAAUCAAAAGUUUGCUCAAGUUUCUCGCACAAGGCACCUGCCAGCCCUUGUGGAACUACGAGGAUAUCACAGCCAAAGUGUGGAUGGUAAAGUCCGCCGAGCAGCUUAGUUGCUUCCUCAAGCACAUGGUGAAAGUGUUUGCCGACAGCUAUCCACAGGCACGCAUCGCGGAACGUUGGGCACAGACGGCAUUGCAAUUGGGCUUAUCGUGCUCCUCACGUCACUAUGCGGGGCGCUGCUUGCAGAUAUUCCGCGCGCUCAAUGUGCCUAUCAAUUCGCGUAUGCUCUCCGAUAUAUUGUCGCGCUUGGUCGAAACGGUGGCCGAGCAGGGCGAAGACAUGCAGGGUUAUGUAACUGAGCUGCUUUUGACGCUAGAAGCCGCUGUCGACAGUUUGGAUUCUGACUUCCGUCCACUGGAUGUCAUGAAGGAUAUCUUCAAGAGCACACCGAACUUGAAUAACAAAGAUGGCGGUCCGAAUUCUAUUUUACCCGGCAAGAAGUCACCUUCGGGUGGCAUAGCACCGCAAUCGCCGAACUUCUCGGUGCAGAGUCAUGCACGCAGCACCAGCUAUUCGGUUACGUAUUGCGCACGCAAGAGCACCAAUUCGCCAUGCGAUAAACAAGUUGAGUUGCGUAAUCGCGCCUCUGGCAUGUCCUGCAUGUCCGAGUUGGAACGUAAUGCCGCCAAGUUCGGCGGCUCGGCGCUUUCACGCUCGCGCAGCGCUCAAAGUUUGAAAAUGCUCGGUGACAGCGCCACGCAGGACGAUAAAAUGACCAUACUGGCUCAGCUAUUUUGGUUGUCUGUUUCACUCUUGGAGAGCGAUUAUGAACAUGAAUUUCUGUUGGCUGUGCGUUUAUUGACACGUGUAUUGCAUCGCUUGCCCCUCGAUCGUCCGGAUGCGCGUGAUAAAGUUGAAAAACUGCAACAACAACUCAAAUGGACUGGUUACCCGGGUGUGCAUGCGCUAUUGUUGAAGGGCUGCACACACACCUCAACGUAUGAACCCACCAUAACGUUGCUCUCACAAUUCGCCCCUAUGCUCAACUUGCCGGUAUGCGAUCCCACACAAAGCUGCGCAUUCCCCAUGAACGUGAUCUCGCUGCUGCCGUAUAUGCUCUUGCACUAUGAGGACGCCAAUGAGAUUUGCAUACGCAGCGCAGAGAAUAUUGCACAAGUUUCCUCGGAACUUGGCGCCAAAUUGGAAAAUCUCGGCACUGUGAUGACACUCUACAGUCGCAAAACAUUCUGCAAAGAAUCUUUCCAGUGGACAAAGUGUGUGGUGAAGUACUUGCAUGACACGUACGCGCACAUGGGACUGCAUAUGUUGGCCUUUCUGAUUGAGGUGCUCGAGAAGGGGCCGCAACAGAUACAGGUGCCCGUUUUGAAUGUGAUACAUUGCAUGCUGCACUAUGUGGAUCUCUCGGCGCAGCAAGCGCAAACCAUCAACAGUGAUUUAUUGCGCGCCAUUGGCAAAUAUUUGGAUACCGUCAACUGGAAGGACGCCUUGAAGAUACUGAAAUUGAUUGUGACACGCAGUUCGUCACUGCAAGUGGUGCCGCCAAGCGAAGGUUGUAGCGCCGGUUUAUCGUUGUCUUUCUAUGGCACAUAUCCGGAUUCGGAUAUGUUCUGUAAAAAGGAACUUGCUGGUCGCACCAUGGAGUUCACCUUCGACGUGUCGCAAACGCCGCUCAUCGGUCGACGCAUACUACUCAAGACCGAUGACAAUCCCACCAUUAUUGGCGGCACCAAUUCGUCGAACGCCUCCACCAACACCACCGUGACGACAGCGAGCAGCGCAACCGUGUUGAAUAACGCCGGCGGCAGUGUCUCAUGCGCUGUGGGCGCACAAUCACGCAAUGUCGGCGCUAUGAAUGCCGCCGCACAGGGUAAUUAUGGCUCUACAACGGGUGGUCCGCACUUGCAGCACAACAACAGCGCCGUGGGCACACCGAACUCACCACGCCGCAGCGCUAGUCUCUCACCGGCCGAUUCGGCUUCGCUCAGCGGUUGGAAACGUCCUUGGAUGUCGCAAGGGCGUGUGCGCGAGUGUCUGGUCAAUCUGCUGACCACUUGCGGUCAGCGCGUCGGCUUGCCGAAGUCACCGUCGGAUGAUUUCAUUAACUCUAUUUGCUCAAAGGUGAUCUUCAGUCAAUCAUCCGAUCUGAUGGAACGCCAAUCAUCGGCUGCUUCCUCUACCGAGGAGACUUCCGGUCCGCAGGGUGAUCUGAGUAGCGGUUCACGCCGUGACGAUGGACAACCAGACUUCACCGUCUUCAAAGAUUUCGAUUUUCUCGAGUACGAAGACAGCAUUGCCGGCGAAUCGACAGACAAUUUCAAUUGGGGCGUAAGACGUCACCAACUCUUCGAGGGCGAUGAAGAGCGUCUCACUUGCGGCAGUGGCAUUGGUGGUGGCGGUUCCAACAAGGGCGGUCAUUCCUCCGCUUUGGAGGAUAGUUUCAGCGAAAAGACGCCGAUCUUGAGUAAGCGCCGCCGACAGACGGCAGACGAUUCAUCCGAUGAGGAUGGCGAAUCCGAAUCACCCAUCGACGAAGAUCAUCGGCAAUCGUUUAUGAAAUCCGCCUACAAUGUAGGUCCACCGACAUCGCUCAGUCUGCGCGAACGUCGUCGUCGCAAUUCGGUUUCACGCAGUGACACAAGCGGUUCCAGUGCCGGCGAUUUGGGUGAUAUAACACCGUGCAAUGCAUCGCCACACCUGCCGGGCAUUAUACGUUUCUGCGCGCCCGUACGCGACGAGGCGGAGGAGAAUUGGCGCAAACAGCUGCAAUUGAUGUUGAGCAAUCAACCAUCGGCUCACACAUCCGAGUUACUCAUGCAGCUGUAUCGACUCAUAAAAGAGUUAACCUUUAAGACGAUCAGCAUAUCGAAGGAGGCGAAGAAAUAUUUCACCGGCAUUGGCUCGCAAUUGGGCAAUCGCAUAUCGUUAUUCACCGACUUGCUGAGCUCGCGUGCCGAUCCGCCGCGUGUCUGGUGCAGUGACAUACAAACGACAACGCCGCGCCUCUUUGAAACGCUGCGUUUCAAUGUCUUGGAAGUGCAGGAGCACUUGGAGACCUUCUUCGAUCGCAAGGAUCAAGUGUUGGAGUGCCUCGAUGCGGUGAAGACAUCUUGUAAGCUGUCGCUGUUCAACGAAGCAGACGUGGCGGCGUCUAGCAUGGAGCUAGCAACCAACACCAACAUCGGUUACAUGACCUUUGAUCCGGCCUCCUCUGAAGUUGUGCUAGAUCUAGGACGCGCUUUAUACAAGCUAAUGUUCCAGCUACUCUUGCUCAUCGAAUCGAAUCACAAAAUAUCCUCGAAUGUUGUUAAUCACUUUAGAAUUAACGAAAAUAUGCACGACAUAUCCGAUUUGUACGCACUGGUGCGCGACGCUUUGGUACGCAGCGUCAGUGAGUCCGAGCUUGAAAGCUUCGAAGCCGCUUCAACAUCCACCGAAGGCGAACACACGCCUACACCCUCACCUGGCAUACCGAUGACUAGCGAAGAGUUUGAGACGACACUGCAGGAGCUCAUCGAGUCGCAGAAGUGGUCAGUCGCUAUAACUCACGUACGCCAAUACAAACGCAUCUCCCAAAUGACGGCGUCGAAUCCGAAUCUGACUAUCUUCAGUUACAACAAUUUGGAUAGUCGUCUGAAAUUCGAUGAAAUGUCCAUUAUAUUGAACGCUUAUGCGCAGAGUAUUAUGAAAGAUCGGACAGAGGCUUUCAUCGUUUCGAAAUCGGACUCGGAGCUCUUCGAGGUGUACGCUAUACUUUCGGAGAACCUAUAUCAUGUCUCUAGCGCUUUGACGACCAUGGAGAUCAAUAUGAAGAGCUAUUCGGGUAGCUCGGCAGCAGCAGCAGCUGCCAUUGCGGCCGCUAGAGCGGAGAGUAGUGAUGCCGUAACAAAUCUUUAAGAAUCCAUUUAGUAUUAAUGCACUUUACGAGUGAUUCAUCAAGCGAAAAUAUUUUAAAAAUAAUUAAAAUAAUAUUAAUAAAUAAUAAAACGAUAAUAUAUAACGCAUACAUAUACAUAGCUAUGUUAAGAACAACACUGAGUUGAGCAAAUAAACGUGACACCGUUGCUGAAUGCGGCAAUCCGGCGAAGUUUUAGCAAUAAGCAAUGUGCACAAGCGAGCGGAAGUGGUUAAUUUUAGUUUAAUAUUUUAGUAAGUAAAAUUUAAUUGUGCAAAUAUAUAUGUAUGUCUACAUAUAUAUAUUUUUUGUUAGAAAGUGAAAUUAUUUACUAUGUAUAAUGCUAAUUUAUUUGUCACGUAUGGAAAGGCGGAAAUUUUUCGAAAUUACUUUUCAUUUUGUGCGUUGAGUAUUGAAAUUUCAUGAACGAUUUAAUUUUAUAGUUAAAGAUUUUGACUCAAAAAAACUUUUAGUUAAACAGAUUUGCAAAAUUUAAAUGCUUUUAUUUAUUUCAAUUGCUGUGUUUUUUAAAUAUGAUAAUAAUAAAAUUAUUAUGGUGAAGCAAAG